AUGAUUAUAUUGCUAGCUACUUACUUCAUUGCACAUCAGUUCAAGUGCUGUGCUCGAGGAUGCAAAACUACAAUUCGACGAUUCCUUGACAAAAAGGAUGCGAGGUCUACUGGUAACAUGCGAAAGCACGUCAAAUCGUGCUGGGGUGAUGAGGUUCUGCAAUCUGCAGACCAAGCCAAAGAUGCCCAGGAGGUUCGGACUAAGAUAGUUGGUAGCAUCCUAUGGAAUGGGUCAAUCACAACAUCAUUCGAGCGAAAAGGCAAGGGGAAAGUGACGUACUCACAUCGCCAACAUACAUGGACUGAGACAAAUCUACGACCGUUUGAAAUCAUCAAGGACAAGGGAUUUCAGUCUCUUAUGAAGACCAGAAGACCUGAAUAUUACUUACCUUUGCCUGCUACAGUGUCGCAUGACGUUUGGUUGGAACAUGAAGGUAAAGUAAACUUUACAACAGAUGGAUGGACUUCAACAAACCAUCGAGCUUUGGUCACUGUAUCUGUGCACCUCAAACUUAAAGGAGUGCCGCUGAGUCUGCUGUUAGAUAUUGUUGAGAUACCAAAAGUAAGGAUGACUUACUUUUGCCUGACUUGA